CAUAAGGCAAGGGUUUUAUUUUGGAAAAUGAAUGAACAAUGAACUUUAACCCUAGAGUUGGAAGUUGGAACCUAAACGUCACAAUCACAAUUGUCACAAACACAGUGGUGUGGUGUAUGUACAUAGGGAUAGGGAUUAAAGUGUAUUCUGCUUUUUUGAACUCAAAAAAUAUCUUUUUAUUUUUUAUAAUGUAUGCUUGAACUGUGGACUGAAUGAUAAAGAUCUUAAUUAGACCGAAUUAAAAUUUCAAGUGUAAGCAAUACAAUUAGUUAGUUUUAUACAUAUAUGUAACUAAGCUCAACAUUAAAAAAAAUGACUUCCAAAAUAUUUAAAUCUGUGAUAUUAGGUGCCCCAGGUUCUGGAAAAGGUACAAUUUCCAGUCGAAUUUUAAAUGCAUUUAAUUUAGGAUACUUGUCCAGUGGGGAUCAACUGAGACAACAUAUUCAGAAGAAAUCUGCUAUUGGUUUAGAAGCUGAAAAAUGCAUUAACAAUGGAAAACUUGUUGGUGAUGACAUUAUGAUUAAAUUUAUAUUGUCUGAACUUCAUGGUUUGUCAAGUAAUACCUGGCUACUUGAUGGUUUUCCAAGGACAUUAUCUCAAGCCAAAGCAUUCUGGGAAGUCGAAAAGUUAGACCUAGCUAUAAAUUUAGUUGUACCACCUGAAGUGAUAGUCAGCAGGGUGACAGGAAGAUGGGUACAUUUACCAAGUGGUCGAGUUUAUAAUGAUACAUUUAAUAAACCUAAAGUUCCUGGUAAAGAUGAUAUCACUGGCGAACCUUUAACAAAAAGGGGCGACGACACACCGGAAAUAGUUAAGAAGAGAUUAGAAUUAUACGAUGAAUUAACUAGACCUGUAAUAGAAUUCUAUAAAGAGAAGGGAAUUUUAAGAGACUUCGCUGGAAAAACUUCUGAUGAAAUUUCUCCAAAAGUGAUUAGCUACUUAAGCGAGUUUUUAGAAACAGCACAAAAGAAACAAAAAAUUUAAAAUAGUUUAUAAACCAGUAACACUGAAGCCAACAUAUUUGAUGUAUUUUUAUAAGUUUUAUAUAUUAUUAAAUAAUUAUUUUUUUAUAUUAUUUUCAGUUCUCUAUUUGUUAUAGUAGUAAAAAUGUUCACAAUUA